GAUGUGUUGUAUGUAUUCUUAUGCUUAAUUCCUCCUCCUCCUCCUUCUCCUAUUCUCUCUUCCGAUUUUUUCUGUAAAGGCAGUUAAUUAGCUCCGGGCAGCCUUGACCGAAUAGUCGGGAACCAUCAUCGGCCGAGUAGACGAUCGCAUAGAUCAGCUUCACGAUUGCAGCUCCCAUGCAUACAAGGCCAAAUUCAUGCACGGGCAACCAGUUGGGCAUUUGGAUUCACCCUAAUUACGUGUUAAUUAACUAUAACUAGUGCAGAUCUAUCUCCCUUCCCCUUGACUUCUAGUUUAUAGAGAUUUUAUUGUCGAUAUAUAAUUUGUUUUCGUCACACCGAUCCGACCGACUUGUUGUUUCACUCGGAGCGAAUGGAAACCAAAAGAUUACUAGUGCAAUUAUCCAUCAUAGUGCUCGGCAUGCUCUCUUUCGCAGUUGAUUGCAUUGAUCGGACCUACUUUCCUUCCUCAUUUCUCUUUGGCACCGCGACUUCAUCGUUUCAGAUCGAGGGAGCCUACUUGGAAGAUAAUAAGAGCUUAAGCAAUUGGGAUAUACUCACACAUAUUCCCGGACGAAUCAGGGACGGUAGCAAUGCCGAAAUAACAGAUGAUCAUUACCAUCGUUACAUGGAAGAUAUAGAAUUAAUGGAAUCUCUUGGAGUCAAUGCAUAUAGAUUUUCCAUAUCAUGGUCCAGAAUUUUACCUAGAGGGAGGCUUGGAGGAACUAAUUCACUAGGAAUUGCUUUCUACAACAGACUUAUUAAUGCCUUGUUGCUUAAAGGAAUAAAGCCAUUUGCUACCUUGAAUCAUUAUGACAUUCCACAAGAGCUCGAAGACAGAUACGGUGGAUGGCUAAACCCACAACUACAGGAGGAAUUUGGAGACUUUGCAGAUAUUUGUUUUAGGGAAUUCGGCGACCGGGUCAAGUAUUGGGCGACUUUCAACGAACCCAACAUCGUAGCCACUUACGGGUACCGGUUCGGAUCGUUUCCCCCUAACCGUUGUUCGCGUGAGUUUGGCAAUUGUUGGUCGGGCGACUCGAGCACCGAGCCUUAUGCUGCGGCUCAUAACAUAAUCUUGGCCCAUGCUACUGCAGUAAAAAUUUAUCGGAGCAAGUAUCAGAUAAAACAAGAAGGUGCUAUUGGAAUUGCGAUGUCGGCCACUUGGUUUGAGCCGCUCAGGAAUAUAACGGAGGAUUACAAGGCCUCUCAGCGAGCAUUAGAAUUUAAUGCUCCAUGGUUUCUUGAUCCCAUUAUCCGCGGCGAUUAUCCUUCUGAAAUGAGGCAAAUUUUAGGGUCCAGACUGCCAAAGUUCUCAGGGAGUGACAAGAGAAAAUUGCAAAGUAAAUUGGACUUCAUUGGAAUAAAUCAUUAUAUGAGUCUCUAUGCGAAAGAUUGCCCGGAGUGUGGCUCCGUGGGGCCCGAAGGCGAUGCCCUCGUGCUCACCACCGGAGAAAGAAACGGAGUCCCCAUUGGAAAAAAGACAGCCAUGCCAGACAUGUUUGUAGUUCCACGUGGCAUGGAGAAGAUCGUGAUGUACGUGAAGCAAAGAUACGAAAAUAUACCUAUUUUUAUCACAGAAAAUGGAUAUCCACAAAAGAGUGACCAUAGGACUCCAUUGAAAAUACUGUUAAAUGAUAAGGAGAGAGUAGAAUACUUACAAACCUACCUCACUUCUUUGCAUCGAGCAAUGAGGCAAGGUGCUGACGUGAGAGGGUAUUUCAUGUGGUCUUUGAUGGAUAACUUUGAAUGGUUAUGUGGCUAUAGUUUGAGGUUUGGAUUUUAUCACGUGGAUUAUGAAACACAAGUCAGGACUCCAAAGCUCUCGGCCAAUUGGUAUCAAGAGUUCCUUGACAAUUCAAAAUUGCUAAUUAAAGAAAUGUAAUUAGGUCGUCCCCAGGGCGUAGCAUAGCAGGGGCACAAGCGUGAUCGAGAGGUCCAUGGUUCAAUCUUUAGGAUGUCAUUAUCUAGAGUUAGCGUCUCGGUUAUGCGCUUUUAGCUGUGUACAUGUAUUUACCUCCUUUCAUAUCCGUGGAAUUGUGCAUCCCAACCAUAUGCUUUUGAUGUCAUUUUUUUAAUCUAAAUUUGUAGACUAUUAGUAUUAUUGUUGAUAUGAGGUUUUCACAUUUAUGAUGUGUAAUUAAGUUGAUUAA